AGAGAUACAACCUCACCACUCUUGCAAAGUACAAGUUUGUGAAUAUUUUAGGUAGGUUGUUAAGAAUCCGAGUAGUGGUGUCCUUUGUUGUUAAAUAGAGAUCUCCAUUACUUUGUCAAAAGUAAGAAAUCUCAAUCAAAAAUGGGGGAAACUAGAGAUGAAAUAGUAUCAUCUUCUACUUCAGUAGGGAGGAAAUGGUUAGGAUUUGUAACAGCAAUUUGGGUACAAGCAAUUUCAGGAAAUAAUUAUACAUUUGCAAACUACUCAGGUGCUUUGAAAACAUUAAUGCAUUUAACACAACUACAACUGAAUAGUCUAUCAGUUGCUAAAGAUGUUGGUAAAGCUUUUGGUAUUCUUGCUGGUUUAGCUUCUGAUCGUGUUUCUACUCCUCUAAUUUUACUUAUCGGAUCUAUCGAAGGUUUGAUCGGUUAUGGUGUUCAAUGGCUUGUUGUUAGCAAAAGGAUUUCUCCUCUUCCUUAUUGGCAGAUGUGUAUAUUUCUGGCUCUGGGAGGAAAUAGUACAACAUGGAUGAACACAGCAAUUUUAGUUACAUGUAUACGUAAUUUCCGCAAAAAUCGCGGUCCUGUAUCUGGAAUCUUAAAAGGAUAUGUGGGUUUAAGCACAGCAAUUUUUACGGAUGUUUGCAGUGCUUUGUUUGCUAAUAGUCCUUCGAAAUUUCUACUCAUGUUAGCUGUAGUUCCUGCUGUAAUUUGUCUCACAGCAAUUAUUUUCCUACGUGAAGUUCCACAAACAACUACCAGCGCAGCUGCCGUAGAAGAAGAAUCAAAAUACUUGAACUUCUUUAAUGUUGUUGCUGUCAUUGUUGCUUUAUAUCUUUUAGCUUAUGAUAUUUCAGGAAAACACAGCCGUAUAAUCGCCCUGUGCUUUGUUUCUGGACUUCUAUUUCUGUUGAUAGCUUCACCAUUAUUCAUUCCUUUAUACUCUAUUUUUAAGAAUACCACCUCUAAUAAUGAUGUUGAAAGUAGUGUCAUUCAUCGUCAGUGUAAUAGCAAUCAAGUUCAAGAAGGAAAAACUCUGCCAGAAGCGGUAGAAAAACCAGUACCAGUAAAAGAAAAUGUUUUGAGAAAUGAACAAGUUGUUCAAACCGAAGAAAAAUCGGCGCUAAUAGAAGAAAAUGAUUUGAGAAAUGAUCAUGUUGUUGAAACAGAAAAAAAAUCAGUUCUAGUACAAGAAAAAGAUUCGGGAAAUGAUGAAGUUGUUGAAAUCGUUUAUAAGAAACCGAUUCUUGGUGAAGAGCACACGAUCUUAGAGACGGUUAAAACAUUGGAUUUCUGGAUCCUUUUCCUUUCAUUUCUUUGUGGUGUAGGUACUGGUUUAACAGUGAUGAAUAAUUUGGGACAAAUGGGAUUAGCACUUGGGUAUGCUGACGUUUCCAUGUUUGUGUCGCUCACAAGUAUAUUCGGUUUCUUUGGUCGUAUCGGCUCCGGAACCAUAUCUGAAUACUUUCUCAAGAAUGCUGCAACGCCAAGGCCUCUAUGGAAUGCAGCAUCACAAAUUCCAAUGUGCCUGGGAUAUGUCGUCUUAGCAAUUGCAUUACCAGGAUCCUUGUACGUGGGUUCAAUAUUGGUUGGUAUUUGCUAUGGUGUGCGUCUUGCGAUCACCGUCCCUGUUGCUUCUGAACUAUUUGGCCUUAAAUACUUUGGGUUGAUCUACAACAUUCUAAUCUUGAAUCUUCCCCUCGGGUCAUUCCUAUUCUCUGGUUUGUUAGCCGGUUUAUUGUAUGAUGCACAGGCAACUAAAACAAAAGGAGGUGGAAAUACAUGUAUUGGAGCUCAUUGUUACGGACAAGUCUUUAUGGUCAUGGCUUUAACGUGCCUAGUUGGUUUCGGGUUGGACGUGUUUCUUACUCUUCGAACAAAGAAUCUUUACAAAAAUAUUCACACAGCAAGCCGGGCGAAGUCCAGCAAAUCAGGUGUAGAUCAACAAAAGUGAAAUGAUAGAAGUUUCACUAUUGUUUCCAUUUUUUUAGAAUGUCUGCUUUUCAUUUUUCUUAUAAUGCAUCAUGAAGGAGUCACUAGUGACUAGUAAUAAGAAAUUAUAAUACAGGUCUUGUUCUAAGAUUUUAUUUUCGAUAAGGUAUUUUUCCAACUGUUUGAAA